AUGUUCAUUACAUUUUCAUUCGGAACACUGAUCAUCAAGCUUCUCGACUUUACGAACUCGAGUGACGGAUGGGAUAGGCUUGAGAUAGCUUCGUAUUUGGCUGUUGGCUCUCUCUUGCAAUUCUUCUUCCGAGGCAAAUUAUUUGAUGAUGUUCGAGGCGAAAAUGCUUUUCUGGAGGCGGUGGUGGGGGCAGGCGCGGUGGCGAAGCGUCAGUGUGGUCGCAGCGGCCUGGGGCGAAGGUUUAGUCCCAGUCCGCCCUCAGUCGCCGACGAAGGUAGGUCGGAUCCAGUAGCGUAA